GAAAGUGUUCGAGGCCGGGCCGGGCGGCGGGCAGAACCCAAGGAGAGUUCUCAAAAGAGGGUAAAACAAGAGAGAAGGGUGAGAGUGAGCUCAUCGGCUCAUCGCCGUCCCUCCCAACACGGACCCGGAUCGGGUGCAGUUUCGACUGCUACUGCUACUGCACCCGCACCGUGCGCCGUGCGGCCUGAGGCGGCGGCGAAGAAUGGCGGAGCCGGACUGGAUCCUGGAGAGGGAGCGGAGGCAGAUGGAGCAGAUCCUGGAGCUGGACAUGGAGGAGCUCCAGGUCGAGGAGGUCGAAGACGCCGGCUCCUCCUCCUCCGACGACGUCGACACCUUCCUCAGAAAUACUCAUGGGAGUGGAGGGAUUAGUGCUUCCGAAGAGCUUACAGUUGAUACAUCUCUGGUUUCCCUGCGAGUACAUACCUAUCUUGAGGCAGAGGUCGAUGCUACCCGGGGCAUAUUUGCUUUCUUGGAUGCUGGCACAGUCCUCAAUUUGCCAAUGUUUUAUCUUCAAGGAGUUGUUUUGUUUCCUGAAGCUGCCCUACCUCUUCGAGUAAUUCAGCCUAGAUUACUUGUGGCUAUUGACAAGGCUAUUAAUCAUGUUGAUGCUCCAUGCAUGAUAGGCGUGGUUCAUGUUUAUCAACACACAAAUGAUGGACAUCAUGCUAUUGCUUCUGUCGGGACAACUGCGGAGAUACAGGAAAUUCAACAGUUAGAUGACGGUGCAUCACGUGUUUUCUCUCGUGGUCAGCAACGAUUUCGUCUUAUACGCCGUUGGUUGGACGUGGAUGGAAUACCAUGGGGUGAAGUCCAAAUCAUUGAAGAAGAUACACCUCUCAGAACUCCAAGAGAUGCAUUUGGACAGUUAGCUGCAAGUAGCACUUUCAGGCAAUGUGCUUCAUCAAUGCCCAGUUUGCAUGUGUCUCGUUUCAAACAACUUGAUCAUGUGGAUUCUGAACUAGAUUGGGAUUCUCUAUCAGUAUCACCCACUAGCACUACAAGUGAUCAGUCAGUAACAGAUAAAAGAAUAUACCUUUCAGGUUCUCAGUCCAGUGGCUCAGUAAGGUGUGGUAUUUCAGACGAGUCCUCAAAUGAAGAUGAAGGUCCCAUGCAUGAACUGUCUUGUCAGAACCAUGAUUAUGCAAAAAAAGUUGGCGCAUAUGGUCAUCCGGAUAAGCAUACAAACACAGGAGGUGAGGAUGAUAUUUGCUUCACACCCUCAAAAUCCUUUUCGAGAGUAAGGAAGAAAGAUACUGAACAACAGAGACACUACAGUGCUGCUUAUAAUUUAAAGAUGGCGUCACAGGCUCCAUUGUCAUUUUGGCCUCGUUGGGCUUAUGAAAUGUAUGAUUCGUAUUCACUUGCUUGGAGAGCUGCAGAUUUGUGGAGACAGGUAAUUGUAAACCCUAGCAUGGAUGAUCAUGUGAGAAAACCAGAUCUUCUAUCGUUUUACAUUGGAAGCAAACUUCCUAUCUCAGAAUCUCUGAGGCAAGAAUUGCUUGAGCUUGAUGGAGUCUCAUAUCGACUACAGCGGGAGAUACAGCUACUCAAGGCCUUUAAUAUCAUUCGGUGCAGAAAUUGCCUGACUCUUAUUGCAAGACGAAGUGACAUGGUGUCUAAUGAUGGCCCUAUUGGUACUAAUAUCAAGCAGCGCGGUUGUGCGAAAGAGAUGAUUACCGUAUGCAAUGCCACCGGCCUUGCACUGCGUGGCGACCCUUCAAAAGUUUACAGCUGGUUCCCAGGAUAUGCAUGGACGAUUGCAUUGUGUGCUGCCUGUGAGUCCAACAUGGGCUGGCUGUUCAGAGCCGACAAGAAGAAUAUGGAUCCAAAAUCCUUCUGGGUGAUACGCACUUCCCAAAUUUCAGACGAUACGCAAUCAAGGCAGGUCUGAUCAUCCAUGUAUGGCUGUGUGGCCGUGGGUUUCAAUCCAUGUACUUCUGCCCUUUCAAUUUGCCUGCUUUUGCUUCCCAGAAAUGCAGAGGGAAGACUUCUCAGUAAAUUUGGCUUGUGGAUUGCGGAGGGAAGAGUUCUCUGAAAAUUUGUUGUGGGUGUGAA